GUGGGUCAGGCGCCCGGACCCACCCUCCGGCCCAGUUACGAUCGGCGCCGUCCCCGCUCACCUCCACUCUACUAUAAAUGCUUUCCCUCACUCUCUUCGCCUUCUCUCAGCGCACAAAUUCCAUCCCCCCUGCAUCUCUUUCCUUUCUCUUCACACAAAUAAAUUCAUCCUUUGGAUCUCUAUAACUUAGAUGUCGCAGAAGCAGUGUUAGGAUUCUGCCAUGACGAGAUUGAGUGAUUGCCUGCCAAUCUUCUUAUCUCUCUUUCUCUCUCUAACAAAUUCAACAAGAAUUGCAGUCAUCUUCUCAUUCUCUCCUCUCUGAUAUAUUCAGAUACUCUCUCCUGUCACUCUAGAACUCGACGAAACCCUCAGAGAAGAGAGAGAGUCGUUAGGGUUCCAAUGGUGGACGUGGAGCGAAGGAUGACACCUCUCUCGCAGGCCCAUGUCGCCGGCCUCAAACGCCUCUCCGCGCGCGCCAACAAUCCCAACAUCAACAGCGGCAAUAACCACUACUCGGCGUCCCGCAAUGGUGGCAGCGGCCUCUUGUCAUUCUCUUCGCUCGCGUACAAAGCCCUCUCUCACCUCCGAAACUCGGGAGUUACCGUCCACAGGGGCCUUUCGGAUGAUGAAUUCACUCGCAUCGAGGCCGAGUUCGGCUUCACCUUCCCUCCUGACCUCAGGGGCAUCCUGCGCGAGGGCCUCCCAGUCGGCCCUGGCUUCCCUGACUGGCGAUCCGGCGGGGCCCAUCAGCUGCGUAUGGCCCUCAACCUACCCGUCGCGGGCAUCUCCUACCAGGUCGCCCAAGGCAAGUUCUGGUCCAAAUCAUGGGGUUCUCGGCCCUCCGAUCCCGAACAGGCGGUCAAAAUCGCAAGGCUUGCCCUGAAAAAGGUCCCUCUACUUGUCCCCCUCUUUGGCCAUUGUUACAUUCCCUGUAACCCCUGUCUGGCAGGAAACCCUGUUCUCUUUGUCAACAAGAAUCUCUCUUUUUUCUGUGGCCUUGACCUCGCCGACUUCUUCGAUCGAGAAUCCGGUUUCGCUACUGGCUUUUUAUCGGGCACUGGCGGUCUUCCACCUAGUGAUGGCGGCUUUCCAGCAAGUCUUUGGCGUCAAAAAUCAGCGAGCUCACAGAGAGAGGAGGCAUCCAGGAGAAGCCUGGAUAGUCGUUGCAGGAGAAAAUCAUGGUGCGAUGAGAAGGGUGUUGCCCCAAGGACCCCCAGGUGGAUCGAGUUUUGGUCAGACCUUGUGGACAAGCGAAGGAUUCCGGCAACAGAAUCGCCGGAAAGUUUGUUUUCCUCAUCCCAAGUUGACAAAGACCUCUCUAGGUCGCCGAGGAAUCACCAUUUGCUGACGGAAAAUCGCCAUUUGCCGGAGUGGGUUAAGGGCUAUUUGGAGCAAUUGUCAGCGGUUUUGAGAAGCGGUGGUUGGGAAGAAAGGGACAUAGAGGAGGUAAUGGCAGUUUCGUCAUGUGCAAUGGAAGAAGCGGAGGUGGUUUUGGUGGACGGCCAAGCGGUUUUGGAGGGGCUCCUUCUGAAAGCAGAUGGGCUCUCUGACUCGUUGAGGAGAGCAGGGUGGAGCUCCCAAGAGGUCUCAGAGGCUUUAGGGUUCGAUUUCAGACUCGCCAAGCCACGAAGGCCGCUCCCGAAGCUCCCUCCCGAGUUCAUACAGCGGAUCGGCAAACUCGCCGAGUCUGUUGCUCAGUGGUGAAGGAGAACCUGAAACUGGGCUCAGGAAUUUGAUCCAUUGUUGGGGGUAAUUUUGGGGUUUAUAAGGUUUGGGGGUGGGUUUGAAAUGUGUGAUUCUGGUAUGAACGGCUGGAUGAUUGUAUUUUGGGCGAUGUAUGGUUGUGCGCUGACGGAUCGAUCGGGACAAGAAGGGAAAAGGAAAUAUAUGAUGAUGGUUUAUAGGAAAAACAUAUAUGAUUAAGGAAUGAAUAAUGAGUAUUUUAUAUAAUGAUAUAUGAAAAUAGAUAAAUGAAAGGAAACGCAUUGAUAAAAAGAGAUGGUUUUAU